CUGGGCAUGGCUGGCCUCGCUGCUGCUGUUCCUAGAGCCCACGCAAUUGAAGAGCGUGCCGCUAUUCCCAGAGCUCCGAGAAUGGAACAACGUGAGGAGUAUGUCGUUCUCCGAAAUCAGGAGAAGUCUUGAUGUGCUGACAAUGGUUCCUAGGACUUUCACCACGACUUUGUACACCGUCUCAACUGUCACCCACUACGUGACCGAGGCCACCGUCGGUGUCGAUUCCAACGCUCACCUUGACUCCGCGUCCAACGACACGACCGUACUUCCCGGCAUUGCAUACGCCCCUUACACUGCCGCCGGUGGCUGCAAGGACGAGUCCCAGAUCCUCGACGACUUUGCCAAGUUGAAUGGUAGCUACUCGAUCAUUCGCAUCUACGGCACCGACUGCGACCAGGUUGCUCUCUCCCUCAAGGCAAUCGAGGGCAUGAACGUUAAACUCUUCCUCGGUAUCUGGGACGUCAACUCCGUGGCCGACGAAGCUCAGAAGAUUAUCGACGGAAUCGACGGCAAAUGGAAUCUGGUCCACACCGUCAGUGUAGGCAACGAGCGUGUCAACGCCGGAGAGGCCAGCCCCGAGACUGUUGUGGCGGCCAUCAAGCAGGCCCGUAGCCUGCUACGCGCUGCCGGCUAUGAUGGCCCCGUCGUUACCGUUGAUACCUUCGUUGCCGUCAUCGCUCACCCGGAGCUGUGUGAGGCGUCGGAUUACUGCGCCUUUAACGCCCACGCUUUCUUCGACGCAACUGUUGUCGCCGACCAGGCUGGUACAUGGUUGACCAAAACUGUCACCAGUGUCAAGGAUGCCAUCUCGGGACAAAAGAAGUUCAUGGUCACCGAGUCCGGCUGGCCCUGCAAGGGCUUGCCCAACGGCCUGGCUGUCCCUAGUGCUAGCGAGCAAAAGGCCGCCAUUGCCUCUAUCCGGAAGGCCUUUGCCCAUAACCUCGACGAAGUUGUCCUGUUCGCCGCCUUCAACACCCCUUGGAAGGUGGAGGAGGCUGCUACCUUUAACGCCGAGCCCUUUUGGGGCAUCGAUGGCGCCAUCUCUUCGUCUUGAUAUGGAAGACGAGGACACGGUUGCAUAGAAUUGUGAAAGGCACAGAUUAUUAUUUCUUCUCUGUUGUGUCGUCUUAAUAUUUUCUUUUUCUUAGUCUUUUGAAUCUUAUAUCUUUGGUUAGC